UUCUCGCUGAGGGAGAAAGACGCAAGCAGCCGCAGGGUCUUGGCGGAGCGGCGGUAGCUGGAGACGGAGAGCGACGGCGCCACAUGCACAGUGUGUACAGUGUAGUCCUCUCACCCUCAAAGAUGGUGAAGCUGGAUAUUCACACUCUGGCUCAUCACCUCAAGCAGGAACGGCUCUAUGUAAACUCAGAAAAGCAACUUAUUCAGAGAUUAAAUACAGAUGUAUUGAAGACAGCUGAGAAACUGUACCACACAGCGUGGAUUUCCAAGCAGCAAAGGAUUAACUUGGACAGACUUAUCAUAACAAGUGCUGAAGCUUCUCCUGCUGAAUGCUGCCAGCAUGCCAAAGUCUUGGAGGACACACAGUUUGUUGAUGGGUACAAGCAGUUGGGAUUUCAAGAGACUGCUUAUGGAGAAUUCCUCAACAGGUUGAGAGAGAACCCUAGGCUUAUUGCUUCCUCUCUGGUUGCUGGAGAGAAACUCAACCAGGACAACACACAAAGUGUUAUUUACACAGUCUUUACCUCCAUCUAUGGGAAUUGCAUCAUGCAGGAAGAUGAGAGCUACCUCCUUCAAGUUUUGCGUUACUUGAUAGAAUUUGAACUGAAGGAAAGCGACAAUCCCAGACGGCUUUUGAGGAGAGGCACGUGUGCAUUCAGCAUUUUAUUCAAACUUUUUUCUGAAGGACUCUUCUCUGCAAAACUCUUCCUCACUGCAACAUUGCAUGAGCCAAUCAUGCAGCUGCUGGUGGAAGAUGAAGACCACCUAGAAACAGAUGCAAGCAAAUUGAUUGAGAGAUUCUCUUCCGCACAACAGGAAAAACUCUUUGGGGAGAAAGGCACAGAAAGAUUCAAACAAAAAGUCCAAGAAAUGGUGGAUUCCAAUGAGGCUAAGUUAGUGGCUUUGGUGAACAAAUUCAUUGGUUAUCUCAAGCAGAACACAUACUGCUUUCCGCAUAGCUUGAGAUGGAUUUUAUCACAAAUGUACAAAACACUCUCCUGUGUAGACCGCCUGGAGGUUGGGGAGGUGCGAGCAAUGUGCACGGAUCUUCUGCUUGCAUGUUUCAUUUGUCCUGCAGUUGUCAACCCAGAACAGUAUGGAAUAAUUUCGGAUGCCCCAAUAAACGAGGUGGCAAGAUUUAAUCUGAUGCAGGUCGGGAGACUUUUGCAGCAGUUGGCAAUGACAGGUUCUGAAGAGGGAGAUCCGCACAUGAAGAGCAACCUUGGCAAAUUCGACAAAAGCUGUGUUGCUGCUUUCCUGGAUGUUGUUAUUAGUGGGCGUGCUGUGGAAACCCCUCCGAUGUCCUCAGUUAACCUUCUAGAAGGGUUGAGUAGGACUGUGGUUUAUAUGACAUACAGCCAACUUAUUAAUCUGGUUGGCUUUAUGCGGAAUGUAAUGUCAAGUGAUCAGCUGAAGGAAGAUCGGAUGGCUCUGGAAAACUUGUUGGCAAACUUACCCCAGAACAGACCCGGGAAAAGUAGCAGCCUUGAAAUGACUCCUUACAAUACCCCACAACUCUCCCCUGCAACUACCCCAGCCAACAAAAAAAAUCGACUGCCUAUAGGACAACAGUUGGCAGCCAUUACUGCCUGGGAUACUUCUACCACCAAUCUCUCAGCUCACAUUAAUCUAGUAACCCCAUUUGCUACCCGUAGCAGAAAUAGAUCAAAUAUUCCAAUGGACCAGCAUGGAGACCAUGAGGGAUCCUCCCAGGAGUCUAUACAGGAAGUUCAGCCAGAAGAAGUGCUGGUUAUUUCUUUGGGAACAGGUCCGCAGCUUACUCCGGGGAUGAUGUCAGAAAAUGAGGUCUUAAACAUGCAGCUUGCCGAUGGAGGACAAGGAGAUGUCCCUGUUGAUGAAACCAAACUCCACGGUCCAUCAAAUCGCUCCAAUUCUGUGUCCUCUUUGGAUUUAGAAGGAGAGUCUGUGUCAGAGCUUGGUGCAGGGCCUUCUGGGAGCAAUGGUGUUGAAGCCCUGCAGCUGUUAGAACAUGAACAAGCUACGACUCAGGAUAAUCUUGAUGACAAGCUCCGUAAAUUUGAAAUUCGUGAUAUGAUGGGAUUGACUGAUGACAGGGACAUAUCAGAAACUGUGAGCGAGACCUGGAGCACAGAUGUCUUGGGCAGUGACUUUGAUCCAAAUAUUGAUGAAGACCGGUUGCAAGAAAUUGCAGGUACAGCUGCAGAGAACAUGCUUGGCAGCUUGCUAUGUUUGCCAGGUUCAGGAUCUGUGCUGCUUGACCCGUGCACAGGGUCAACCAUAUCAGAAACCACCAGUGAAGCGUGGAGUGUGGAGGUAUUGCCAAGUGAUUCAGAGGCCCCAGACCUAAAGCAGGAGGAAAGACUGCAGGAGCUGGAAAGCUGUUCUGGGCUAGGCAGCACCUCUGAUGACACAGAUGUGAGGGAGGUCAGUUCUCGUCCCAGUACACCAGGCCUCAGCGUCGUGUCAGGUAUUAGUGCAACCUCUGAGGAUAUUCCUAAUAAGAUCGAGGACCUUAGGUCUGAGUGUAGCUCUGACUUUGGAGGGAAAGAUUCUGUGACAAGUCCUGAUAUGGAUGAAACAGCUCAUGGAGCCAGUCAGUUGACUUCUCCCCCUUCUCAGUCGGACUCUUUGCUUGCAUUGUUUGACCCUCUGUCAUCACAUGAAGGUGUAUCGGCAGUGGUUAGGCCUAAAGUGCACUAUGCAAGACCCGCUCAUCCGCCACCAGAUCCGCCAAUCUUGGAAGGAGCUAUGGGAGGUAAUGAGGCCAGAUUCCCAAAUUUUGGUUCCCACAUCUUAAUCCCAACUGAUUUGGAGGCGUUCAAACAAAGGCAUUCCUAUCCAGAAAGGCUGGUCCGCAGCAGGAGCUCUGACAUAGUGUCAUCAGUUCGGAGACCGAUGAGUGACCCUGGCUGGAACAGGCGGCCUGGCAAUGAAGAAAGGGAGCUUCCCACACAAACACCCAACAUUGGGGCAGCUGCUUCAGGGCCUGCGCCUCAGUCCUCUUCGUCAUCCCCCAGUAAAGAUUCCUCUAGAGGAGAGAAUGAGGAACGAAAAGAUAGUGACGAUGAAAAAUCUGACAGGAACAGACCCUGGUGGAGAAAGCGUUUCGUUUCUGCCAUGCCCAAAGCUCCUAUACCAUUUAGAAAAAAAGAAAAACAAGAAAAAGACAAAGAUGACUUUGUGUCUGAGAGAUUCUCAACACUUCAAGAUGAUCCCAAUCCCAGACUAAGUGCACAGGCACAGGCUGCAGAGGAUAUCCUGGACAAAUAUAGGAAUGCUAUUAAGCGAACCAGCCCAAGUGAAGGAGCUAUAGUAAAUUUUGAAAGUGCAGAGGUAAUUGGAGAUGGUGAAAGUAUACACGACUCUCCACGCGAUGAAGCCCUGCAGAAUAUGUCAGCUGAUGACCUCCCAGAUUCUGCAAGUCAAGUAGCACAGCCGCAAGACUCUGCUUUCUCUUACAGGGAUGCAAAGAAGAAACUGAGACUGGCUCUUUGUUCAGCAGAUUCCAUUGCCUUCCCAAUGUUGACCCAUUCAACAAGAAAUGGCCUACCAGAUCACACUGACCCUGAUGACAAUGAAAUUGUGUGCUUCCUGAAAGUUCAGUUAGCUGAAGCUAUUAAUCUACAAGAUAAGAAUUUGAUGGCCCAACUGCAGGAGACAAUGCGCUGUGUAAGCCGCUUUGAUAACCGAACAUGUCGAAAGCUACUGGCUUCCAUUGCAGAGGAUUAUAGGAAAAGGGCUCCAUAUAUUGCUUAUUUAACUCGAUGUCGCCAAGGUCUGCAGACCACACAAGCCCAUCUGGAAAGGCUCCUGCAAAGGGUAUUACGUGAUAAGGAAGUCGCCAACAGAUAUUUCACCACAGUUUGUGUGAGGUUACUUCUGGAAAGCAAAGAAAAAAAGAUAAGGGAAUUCAUUCAAGAUUUCCAGAAACUCACUGCAGCAGACGAUAAAACAGCCCAAGUAGAAGACUUUCUUCAGUUUUUAUAUGGGGCCAUGGCCCAGGAUGUCAUCUGGCAAAAUGCCAGUGAAGAGCAGCUCCAGGAUGCACAGCUAGCCAUAGAACGCAGUGUGAUGAAUCGCAUUUUCAAACUCUCAUUCUACCCUAAUCAGGAUGGAGACAUUUUGCGUGACCAGGUCCUUCAUGAGCAUAUCCAAAGGUUGUCUAAGGUAGUGACUGCAAACCACCGAGCACUUCAGAUACCAGAGGUGUAUCUCCGGGAGGCACCAUGGCCAUCUGCGCAGUCUGAAAUCCGCACAAUCAGCGCUUACAAAACCCCACGGGACAAAGUGCAGUGUAUUCUGCGAAUGUGUUCAACCAUCAUGAACCUGCUGAGUUUGGCCAAUGAAGAUUCAGUCCCUGGGGCAGAUGACUUUGUUCCUGUUUUGGUGUUUGUUCUGAUAAAGGCAAACCCACCCUGCUUGUUGUCCACUGUUCAGUACAUCAGUAGCUUCUAUGCUAACUGUUUAACUGGAGAAGAAUCUUACUGGUGGAUGCAGUUCACAGCAGCAGUUGAAUUUAUUAAAACCAUUGAUGAUCGCAAGUGACCCAAAGGAGCACCUGUGUAGACAGACUGUUAGCUGCAAAGAGCCUGUAAGAAUGUAGAUCAGCUGUUUCAAAGGCUGAAGAAAUACUUUCCUUGUAUAAUAUUGUACAGAGUGGAAGCAUUUAAAUUUUUUUUACUAAUCAGAUUAAUUAAUUAAACAGGUUUUCUUUCCUCUCUGUUUUGGUUGCAUCUUUUCCCCCUUUAGGGAUUAGCACAGGGAAAAGGGACCACAUUUUUCAGGUAUUGUGGAUUCUCAAAAUCGCUUAGGAAAUUCUGCUGUCACUGCCCCUUUCACGCAGACACUAUUUUCCCCCUAGACUUCUCUUUAUGUAAAUUCAUUCAUUUUCUUUGUUUCCAACCAAAAAGAUCAUGGCAAGCACUUUUAAGAGCCUUUCUAGCUCAAUACACCUUUUAUAAGAGAACACCAGCUGCACUGAAAGUUUGUAGCAGUUGACACAAUUAUAAAUUGUACUUCACCUAUGGUAAAAUUAAAACCUGAGGACAAUGUAAAUAUAUGAUAUAAUAUUUAAUAAACUGCAGUCAUCUUUGGACUCAUUAUCCUUUCAACCAGCAAACAAGCAGUUUCUCUCUCCUACAGCAGAUUGUGACAUACUGUAUUGGGUAAUGAGAUGACUUCCUCAAUAGGAUAAGUUUAAAAAGGGCAAACCUAAAUAUUUAUUUAAAUUUAAUAAAGUUUACAGAACUUUCUGAAACUGGAAUUUACAAUUCACAGGGCUCUCACUUGAAAGUUUAAAAUUUUGGCUCGGGAAUUAGAGCAUUUUAAAUAAAUAGUUUAAAUUUAUAGAAGAGAGGGCUGUAAGUUUCAAUAGAUAAGUUCUAAUAUAAAAAGGAAUAGUAUAUACCUUAUUGUAAUAUUUUUCAUCUGAAAUACUGUGUAUACUGUACAAACCCCAAACAGAAUUCCUUACAGAACCUGAAACUGUAAUAUAUAUUUUGAUUAUUCACAUUAAAUAUACAUGCCAGGGGUUUCAGUGAAUGUUUUUUUACUAUGUGUUCUUUGUAUCGUCUUUUCUCUAGCAGUGCAGCUUUUACUAUUCAUAUAAAAUAUUUUAUAAGUACCACAUUGUCCUUUAUAAAACACAUCAUGAAAUCAGUUCAGGGAAUCUUUGCAGAUGUGUCUCACCCCUCUCCCGUUUGAAACUGACAGUUAUGAGAAGAGCAGGUGCACUUCCUUGAUGAGCAAAAAUAAUAGUGUUUCCAUAGCUGGCCCAAGCCAUUUCUUAUACUCCUGUGAGUGGUCAUUGGCCUUUGUUCUUGUAGAUCUAGCUAAAAAAGGGCUGCGAUCAAUUUCUUUUGUAAAAGGCACACUGCUUAACACCUCCAAUGCUGGCAUUACUCCUCGUUCUCUCCUCUUUCUCCCAGUGUACAUCACUUCACUGGCAGUGAGGUGAGCUGGAUUUGCUGGCUUUGAGUGGUGAAAGAAAUUACAUAAUCUGCAUCCCUUCUUUAAAUAGAUGAACAGUUUAUAUUUUUAAACACUAGUUAAAAAUGGAUUGAAGAUUUUUUCUGUACUUGAAAAGGCCAACAUACCACAUGUUAGAAGCCACGUGAGCUGUUUAAAAAGGGAAUCCAUAAAAAUCUAAUUAACUAUUACUUCUGAGAGACAUUAACUGAAAUUAUAACAAUCUAUGUACAGUAUUAAGUGAUUGAGAUGUGAUUGUGUUACCCGUCUAGGCAUAAUUCAGUGAAAAAAACCUUUGUUUUCAAUGAAUUAAUCAUUAAUGUUUAAUUCAGUAUAUCAUUUUUAUCAUGUUAAAUAAAUCAUGGGGAAUCAAGUGAGAUGGUAUUUUUUUUUAAGUUUGUUUAUACUCUUUCUCCUCUAUAAUAGACUUACAGGGUACAGCAAUACUUUCUAGUAGCAAUGUAGUUAGUGUAGUCUGCUUUACUGUGAUCUUGAGUCUGAAUGGCAUUGUAAUAGUCUAGUUGUUUAGCUCUCAUGGUUUUUUGGUGCUAAUAUAUUGCAUUCACAGCCCUGACCAAUAACAUUCAGCAGCGAAGCACAAUACUGCCCUUUAAGAGAGAGCCAGAAUUACAUCUAAAAGCAACGUACAUCUGUUAUGUCACAAUUUAGAAGUGUUCUGUUAUGUUAAAUUAUCACUGAGAAUUUACUGUGUUGAUAUAAAACUGUUGUACCCUUAAUUCUGCAAUUUUUGGUUUUAGUGACGGAGAAUAUUUGGUCCCUAAAACCUGUCUUAUUCUAAACUGUUUUCUUAUACACCUCUACCCAGAUAUAACACUGUCCUUGGGAACCAAAAAAUCUUACUGUGUUAUAGGUGAAACCGUUACAUUGAAGUUUCUUUGAUCUGCCGGAGUGCACAGGCCGGCCCCCCCAUAGCACUGCUUUACUGCGUUAUAUCUGAAUUCGUGUUAUAUCGGUUUGUGUUAUAUCGGGGUAGAGGUGUAUUUAACAUUUGGCACAAAACUCUCUACGGGGGAGCAAAUGAUAGUCAGUGUUUAUCAUACAUUUUACCUUUUUAUUAUGAGCAGUCUGGACACAAAGGAGUUGAUCUAUGAUUCUGUGAUCAGCUUGAUCAGAUCUUCAGGAUUUAUUCUCUUUAUUGGAAAGUUUUUUGUUUUGUUUUCUCCUGACAAAAACCAUUUUCUUCACAUUUGUAUCACUUCGCUGCUUUUCUGUAUAGAAAAGUUACUGAAGAACUUGAACAAUUUUUAAAAUAAAAAUAUUUUAAAAAUGGUAAAUAUUUGUAUAAGCCCCAAUAUAGGUGAGAAUCUUCACAGCAGGAUGGUCCUUUGCUUCUUUUUUAACCGGCUAUAAAAGCCUUUUAUACGCUGUUAUUAAUGUAGUCAAAGAAUUAGGCUUUCCAAAGAAUUAGGAAUCUUAUUGUAGUGUGUGUGUGUGUGUGUGUGUGUGUGUGUGUGUGUUUUUUCCUGGUGUCCUGAUUUUGUUUUAACAUGUUAAAUUAUAUGUACAGGAAGAAGACUUUCCGUUUUCUGUUGUGCAAUAGUAAGAAAAUUAAAGAUGGAAAGCACAUUAAGGACCAAACAGUAAAGAACUGUUUUGCCAAAAGGCUCCAGCCAGCCAUACACACACAUUGCAUUGAAUCAGUACUCAGAACUUCAGUGCCUGCUGUUAGAAUUACUUCAGCUACUUAACGGUGAACUGACAAAUGUUUUGGGAGGUGGGGAGUGGAGGUUAUUAACAGCAGAUUAUAUAUGCAGACUCAAGGCCGAAUUAUUGAAGUUCAGGGUGCUGCCUGAAGGAGUAAGGAGUACUCGCCUGUCUGUGAUUUCAUAUGAUUGGGCCCAUACAUGUUACAAAGGCAUUAUUUUCCUCUCUUGGGAUGGGGAGCAGGAGGGAAGAGACUCGACUCUUUCAUCUGCAGGGGAAUCCCCUUUUACUUCUAACCCCUGAUGAUUUUUCUUUUUAAAGCUUGUUCUUCAAGAAGAAUUGCAAUGGAUGGCCUUUUUUUUGGUACUAACAAAUACUGAAUGUAACUGCCAUAAAUUUUAGGAAGAAGCCACAAACAGAAUCCUCUUUACUGUAGGUAGUUUGUGGUGAGCACCGAGUAUUGCAUCAGAUUGUUAGUUUGAAAAGGUUGAUGUUCUAUUAAGCCAAAUUCUAUCAGAAAUUUGCAAUUUCGUUGACAUGUUUAAUGCUGAAUAGUUUGUAGAGGGAAAUUAGUAGGCUAAGAAAGGGGAAGCAGUCAAGAGCAGUCCUGCUUCUCAAAGCUGCAUGAAAGUGAAGCAUAUUUGUCUAAAGUCUAGUAAUUUGUGGCAUAUAUAUAUAAAGCAGUCUUAGACUAGCUGUGUGGCAGGAGAACCUGGAGCAGCAGAAAAAACAAUGGACUGUAGGAAGGGGAAAGUACUCCUUUUAUUUGGGUAACAGCUGAUAGCUUGGUUGAGCCUGUACUACUUGAGAAUUAAUUGCUGAGUUACUAUUGUGUGUUCUGUACCUUUAAUUGUGCUUCACCUCUAUUUAAAAGCUUUGUACUGCCUCUCUUGAAACUGGUAAAGCCUUUAAAAUUUUAAAUUAAUGAGCUUGCACAAUCUUGUAUACAGAAAACCCAUCUUGUCUCUACUGUGAUUAUUAAUGUAUUAUAUCAUUCUGUAAAAACUGAUUAAAAAGGAGAGCAGUUUAACCGUGA